AUGUCUGCCGAGAUUCUCCACCCAAACCUCGGUCCUCCACCCCCAGCCAAGCCCCAGCCCAAACCCAAACCCAAGAAACGAAUCCCCCUAAUCUCUAAAGCCGAGUACCAAGAGGGGGUCAAGCGUACCAAGGCCUUGAUCACAGAGCUUGGUCUCAAGGUGUCAGAGACUCACCGCACUACCAUCGUUGGUCAAAACCAAGACAGCCACCAAAUUGCCACCGUGAGAGCAAAGGCCCAAACGGUCGACAGAUAUGCAAAGGCCCUGAAGGACUUUCUUGAAUUUUGCUUCUUUAUGGAAGACUACGAGUCCGCCAUCAUUCUAAUGCGAGAUCACUGUCCCGAAAACCCCCCACCUGUAUCUGAUGAUACUGCCAUCCUCUUUCUACGGUACAAGGUACAACUUUUGGACGAGACGGUACUCCACCACAAGUCUCACGUACCAGUUGUCUCCCGUGGCAAACCACUGAAAGCUGUAGGGUCCUGGACUGCCGUAUCCACCAUUGGAAUCUUCAGAUCCGCUCUCAGCCAAAUCCACAAGGCCUACGACACCACCAGAGGUAGUUCCAGACAUAAAAAUGGUUCUUAUUUUCUGGCCUGCAAAGAAUGUCGCAAGCUGACUCUCGAACAGCGUCAAAACAACAAGUCCUGCGGAGCUCACAACGGGCAUUGUCAAGCUUUUGGGGAGGGAAACGUCAUCGAAAGUGAAACUUUUGGACAGCAUUUUUCCAUGAUUGAAAAAUACGCGCAACAGCACUACAUGUCCAAAAGUAGUGCUUCCUUCCUCCCAAGUCAACUGAGAACAAUUCGAGAUCACUGUGCUAAUGAUGGAUCCUUGGCCAAACUGAUGCAAUGGUGCGUCAUCAUCCUUGGCUGCCGUCUCUAUCUGCGAAUCGACGAGGUUCUCAGCUUGGAGACCGAGUCGUUUGUCCCCAAAUACUUUGUCAUCAAAGGGAAAACAGUGAUUUCCCUUUGUGUGAAGAUCAAGGGGAAAUGUGAUGGGCAAGAGAGACACUUUCAAGUGUACGACGACCCAAAAUACCCUGAGUUGUCCCCUGUUCGGCCACUGCUAUUAUACAUAGCGGCAACCAAAAGAACAGGUGGGUUCCUCUUCCCUAAGUCAACACAGAUGUUCGAUGCGAAUCCAACCGCUAAGUAUUACUAUGGAUCAUUCUUGACACAUAUAGAAUUCUUUGUCAAGUUGGUUGGCAUGGACCUCCAGUCAGGAAUGGACGGAGAACACCUAAUUGCAGGCACCCACAUGCUUCGCAAAACUGCAUUUCUUCUUGCCUACUGGGCCAUCAAAUUGGAACAACUACAAUCUGACAAAGAGUCCAUUCCCACGUCCAUACCAUCCCAUGAGGAGUCUGCCAUUUUCAAUGACGCAGCAAUGAAGAUAAGUGGGCAAUCUACCAAUGUAACUCUGCUUGCUGAUGGAAGGCACGGAAGCCUAUCAGUCCAGAUGACCUAUCUUGGCGACGCCGCAACAUUGUUUGGAUUGUUUCGCCAACUCAAUCGUCUCUCGACCAAUGAAAUGGUUGGUCCCUACUUUCCGAUUUUUAUCAAACAACUUGGAAAUCUUCUUCACAUAGCCAACAAUGGAAGUGGCACCUGUGGAUUCAACAAAAAAAGUCUGCCCGAGUUAGCAUCUUGGUUUGUGUUCGACCUUAUGCAAGUUGACAGCGAAACUGAUUUGGCUCGCAAUAUUCCAGAACUCUGCCGCAAGGCCAAGGCACUGAAUCACGUCGAAAAAGAAGUUUCAACUGAAAUUCUACUCAACAAACUCAAAAAACACUUACCACCCGAGCUGUUCACUCAGGCCAUGACUCGAAUGACAAGUCUGCCAACAAAAUCAGGUGACACUACAAUGACCGAUUCCGAUGUUACGACUAACACCAUUCCACCAGCAACCCUUCAGUCUUCACUACCAAACUAUCAGGAACUUUGCCGGAAAGCGAAGACAAACGAAGCCAAGCUUUCCAUAGUCAUACAAGCAUUCACCCGCAUGACUAAACCACCCCCCAAGAAGACACAUUUGAAAGCAAAUCGCUGGUACUACCACCAGAUCCGUACUUAUAGGUGCGUCCAAGGCUGCUUCAACGGAAACACCUGUGAGUUUCUGCAAAAGUGCAAAGAAAAAGGGAUUCAAAAUGUUACAGGCCGAAUCUUCAAAUGCCCCAAUAAAUGUGUCCACACCAAGUAA